UCUUACUGGACGAUCUUUAUCUUAUCUACACUGCGCAAUGCCCUCUGCGUCCGAGCUCCGGUCGCAUUGUCAAUCUCGGUCGUAUUGUACUUUUGUGAAAAUGUUGCUGCACGCUGCAGUCGUGUUUCUUAACAUUCUUAUUAUCGAAAUGGAUUUCCAUCGCGAUUUGCAAUCGCAGAUUCUGGACGAGGAACCUGCAACGAUCACGGAGAGCCCGCUGCACCGCGUGUUCGUGUACGGCACGCUGAAACGGGGCGAGCCGAAUCACUUUUUGCUCAAGAACGCCGCGAACGGCUUCGCAAAGUUCCUGGGUGUCGGCAGAACGAGCGUUCGGUAUCCACUGGUGAUCGCAACGAAGUACAACGUGCCCUUCCUCUUGAAGCAACCGAAUAUCGGCCAUCAAGUACUCGGGGAAGUAUACGACGUGGAUUCCCAAAUGUUGGCAAAAUUGGACGAACUGGAGGAGAAUCCUACGUUUUACGAGCGAACGCAGGACCAGAUAUUGAUGGCUCCGGAAAAUCUAGUGUCCUUUGGAAAACCCUUAGAGGAGGUGAGCGAGAUCAUAUCGGCUUGGGUAUAUUUUCUGCCGCGGUUCAAGCCUUCUCUGUUGGAACGUCCAAUGUACGAGUUUUACAGCAACAACGGGAGUCACGGGCUCAAGUAUUGCGAGAAGUAUGAUCGCGAUCCGUCUUAUAAUCACAGAAAGGAAGUGCAAGACUAAAAAAAAUUGUCUCGCUAUUUUUCUCUGUUAUUGUUUUCUGCAGCGUUGAUGAAUCGGCGAGCCCGGACGACGUUUUCUAAAAAAUGUUCCAUCAAAUCCGCGGACGAGCGCAGGAUAAGAAACGCUCUUGUAUUUGUUAACCCUUCCGAGGAAUGAGAGAAAAACACCUAGUGUUUUAUCGAAUCUAUUUGAUGAUGGAAUAUCAUGUUGUUUAGAAACUCCUUUUUUCCAAGGAUAACACGGACACUUUUGUGCCUAAGAAUAUUAUAACGUGAUUGUUGUUGCAUUAAUUUGUAAUAUACAAUUCUUAUAUUUUAAUCUGAAAGGAGCAAAAGAAAACGACUAAACUCAUGAUGUAUUUUGUGAUCGAAUUUUAUUAAAUAUAUGUCACGCACCCCACUCUUUCGCGCACACUCACUUCCUGUCAUUCUAUAUAUCGUUCUUUCUCUUUCUUUCUUUCUCUUUCUCUCUCUCUCUCUCUCUCUCUCUCUCAUAUAUAUAACAAUAGCGAUAAAAUUAUUGUUAUCUCAACUAUACUGUAACAAAGGGCAGGCUAAUCCGCACCGCCGCGGCGACUAAAAAAUCAAUUUGAAUCCGUCCUCGAGAGGCACAAAUGUUGCGUAUUCUCGUCGUGUGAGUAAUUAAUUAUAAAUUUAGGGUAAUUAUAAAUUUUUCUUGCAGCGCAUUAUCACCGAAGACCGAUACACUUUCAGCGGAUGUUGCGCUUUCAUUUCCGGUGAAACGAUCGGUCUGACCAAUUCGUCGUUGCCUCUUCUCUCGCGCUGGAGGAUUUUUCGAUCAAUGACACACGAUACGAUUAACAAAAAAAAAAAAAAAAAAAAAAAAAAAAAAAAAAAA